AUGGCGGAUGUGCCGGCGCCGAGCUUCGCGGCGCUAGGCAUCUCACCGACACUUGUGCGGGCACUCAAGAUGCUUUCGAUCACGACGCCGAUGCCCAUUCAAGCUGCGACGAUCCCUGCGAUCCUCGAGGGCCGCGACGUGAUCGGUGGCGCACAGACGGGUUCCGGCAAGACGCUUGCCUUUGCGCUGCCGAUCCUGCACACGCUCAUGAAGGAGAUGGCUGGCGGCUACGCGGUCGUCCUCACACCGACGCGUGAGCUCGGUGUGCAGCUGCAUGAGCAGUUUCUCGCGGUCGGACAGGGCAGCCGCAUGGGCCUGCGGUGUGCGCUCGUGCUGGGCGGCAUGGACAUGACGCGCCAGGCCAACGAGCUCGCCGAGCAGCGGCCGCACGUUAUUGUGGCGACUCCGGGGCGGCUCAUGGACUUGCUGUCCAGCGGUGCAGCGCAGGAAUGGGGCCUGGAGCGGUGCAAGUACCUCGUGCUGGACGAGGCGGACCGUCUCCUAUCGGCGACGUUUGCGCCCGCGCUCGCGUACCUGUUUUCCGUGCUGCCGCCGCCGCGUAUGCGCCAGACGCUCCUAUUCACAGCUACACUCACGCCGGAAAUUGAGCGGCUCACGCAGAAAGAGCCCGAGGCGGGCAAACUGCCGCCGCUGCUGCGCAAGAUUGAGAUGGAUACCGCCACGCCCGCGACACUGACGCAGCAGUACCUGCUUGUGCCCUCGCACAUGCGCGAGCCCUACCUGGUGCACCUGCUGCACGACCCGCCGUGCUGGAGCGACUCGGCACCGACGGCGCAUGCGGCGCCGUCGGACGUGUACCGCCCGCGAGGCCGGAGCCAUGCGCCGGCGAAGGACGCGGCGCCGACCGAUGCGCCGCGCGUCCCCUUUACGAUCAUCUUUGCGGCGCGGUGCAAGACGGUCGAGCUGCUCUCGCGCAUGCUCACGGAGCUCGGCCUGCCGAAUGCGUCUCUGCACUCGAUGCUGCCACAGUCGAAGCGCCUCGCGCACCUGCAGCUCUUCCGCGCGCGGCGUGUGCCGAUUCUCGUGUCGACCGACGUCGGCAGUCGCGGCCUAGACGUGCCGGACGUGGAGCUCGUGGUCAACUGGGACGUGCCGGCGGCGUGGGAAGACUAUGUGCACCGUGUGGGCCGUACGGCCCGCAAGGGGCAGCGGGGCUGGGCGGUGAGUUUUGUGACGGAGCACGACGUGCGCCUCGUGCAGGCCAUCGAGGACAAAAUCCAACACACACUCGAGGAGCUCGAGAUGCCCGAGGCACAGGUGCUCGAGCGGCUCUCGCAGGUGUCCGCGGCGAAGCGCGUCGCGUCGAUGGUGCGUGGCUUUGACUGA